AUGCACACCUUCAGAAACGCCUUUCGAGAUGAAGAUGACAGUAUUUAUGUUUAUGGUACGGCAGCGGUGGCGGCUUCCACUGGCCAGGACAUUGCCAAGAAACGACCGCAACAACGGAAGCCGAUGCGGCAGUCGAAUGUUGUUGAACGAUCCGAGCGAUCGCUGUUGUGUCUUUCGUUGAAUAAUCCAAUCAGGAAAAUAUGUAUUGCUGUAGUGGAAUGGAGGCCAUUCGAGUACCUUAUUUUGUUGAUGAUAUGUGCCAAUUGUAUAGCGCUAGCCGUUUAUCAGCCAUACCCUGCUCAGGAUUCAGAUUCAAAGAAUACUAUAUUAGAACAAAUCGAAUAUUUGUUUAUUGUUGUGUUUACCAUCGAAUGCAUUUUAAAAGUAGUGGCGCUGGGGUUUAUAUGUCACCCCGGCGCCUAUCUUCGGAACGCAUGGAACAUCCUCGAUUUCAUCAUCGUCGUCAUUGGACUGGUGAGUACGAUCCUUUCCCGGAUGAACAUCCAAGGUUUCGAUGUGAAAGCCUUACGAGCGUUUCGAGUACUGCGACCGCUUCGAUUAGUGUCCGGAGUGCCUAGUUUGCAAGUGGUGUUGAAUGCCAUCCUUCGAGCUAUGAUACCAUUGCUGCACAUUGCUUUGUUAGUCCUUUUUGUCAUUCUCAUCUAUGCCAUCAUCGGAUUGGAGCUUUUCUGCGGCAAACUACACUCCACUUGUGUGGAUCCGGCAACCGGACAGCUAGCACAAAAAGACCCAACGCCCUGCGGUACCGAUGGUUCAGCGUUUCAGUGUAUACCAUCUGACGCGUUAACCAAUAUGGGUGUUCAAUGGGAAUGCUCCUCGAAUACCUCUUGGCCAGGACCGAACAACGGAAUUACUAACUUCGAUAAUUUCGGUUUGGCUAUGCUCACUGUCUUUCAAUGUGUAUCGUUAGAGGGUUGGACAGAUGUAAUGUACUGGGUAAACGACGCUGUCGGACGAGAAUGGCCAUGGAUUUACUUUGUAACUCUGGUAAUUCUUGGCUCAUUCUUCGUGCUGAAUCUCGUUUUGGGUGUGUUGUCCGGAGAGUUCUCCAAAGAACGAGAAAAGGCUCGAGCUCGUGGUCUAUUCCAAAAGUUUCGAGAAAAGCAACAAUUGGAAGAAGAUCUCAAAGGAUAUCUUGACUGGAUAACUCAAGCCGAAGACAUCGAUCCGGUGAAUGACGAGCAAGAGGAAGAGCCACAGGCGACAGCUACCGGCGAAGAGGUCGAUGAAGAAGGGGAAGAUCGUACUGAAGAAACUCGACCGUCGAAAUGGCGAAGCCGAAUAAAACAGUUCGAGAAAACGAAUCGUCGUUGUCGGCGGGCAUGUCGUCGUCUGGUCAAAAGUCAGACCUUCUACUGGCUCGUCAUUUUGCUUGUGUUGCUCAAUACACUUGUGCUCACCUCAGAACAUUACGGUCAAAGCGAAUGGCUCGAUGAUUUCCAAACAAUGGCUAAUCUAUUCUUUGUGAUUCUGUUCUCCUUGGAAAUGCUUUUGAAAAUGUACUCACUCGGGUUUACCACCUACACAACAUCGCAGUUCAAUCGAUUUGACUGUUUCGUUGUCAUCAGUUCCAUUAUCGAAUUCGUAUUGCUCUACUUGCGUCUGAUGAAACCUCUUGGUGUGUCUGUGCUCCGUUCCGCUAGGCUUUUGAGAAUUUUCAAAGUUACAAAAUAUUGGACUUCACUCCGAAACCUUGUCUCAUCACUGUUGAACUCAUUGCGGUCAAUUAUGUCAUUGUUAUUACUGCUGUUCUUGUUCAUCGUCAUCUUUGCCCUUCUUGGAAUGCAGGUAUUCGGUGGGAAGUUCAAUUUCAAUCCACAACAGCCAAAGCCUCGAGCCAACUUCGACACAUUCAUUCAGGCUCUGCUUACAGUAUUCCAGAUCCUUACCGGUGAAGAUUGGAAUACAGUAAUGUACAAUGGUAUCGAGUCGUUCGGUGGUGUAGGAACUUUAGGCGUCAUCGUUUCCAUAUACUACAUCGUCCUGUUUAUUUGCGGUAACUACAUCUUGCUGAAUGUCUUCUUGGCUAUCGCUGUCGAUAACCUGGCCGAUGCGGAUAGUUUGACAAACGCCGAAAAGGAAGAGGAGCAACAAGAACUGGAAGGUGAAGAAGAAUACGAUGAAGAGGGUGAAGGAUUUGGUGAAGGUGGUGAAGGAAUGGAUAUGGAAGAACAGGAACCCGGCGAGGAUCUGGUAACACCACGUCCUCGACGUAUGAGUGAGCUACCUACAGUCACACCACACAAACCGAUCCCCAAAGCCUCUUCAUUGUUCAUUCUCAGCCACACUAAUCCAUUCAGGGUAUUCUGUAAUAAGAUCGUCAACCAUACCUACUUCACCAACAGUGUUCUGGUCUGUAUCCUCGUCUCGUCCGCCAUGUUAGCUGCAGAAGAUCCUCUUGAAGCGAAUUCAAGACGAAAUACGAUUCUAAACUACUUCGACUACUUCUUCACGACUGUGUUCACGAUAGAGAUCACAUUAAAGGUAGUCGUGUUUGGUCUCGUAUUUCACAAAGGCUCAUUCUGCCGUAAUGCCUUUAAUCUGCUGGAUAUCCUCGUCGUCGCCGUCUCUUUAGUGUCUUUCGUUUUGAAAUCAGACGCCAUCUCUGUUGUGAAGAUCCUUCGUGUGUUACGUGUGCUUCGACCACUUCGUGCCAUCAAUCGAGCCAAAGGUCUCAAACAUGUUGUACAAUGUGUGAUUGUAGCUGUGAAAACCAUCGGAAAUAUUAUGUUGGUCACGUUUAUGCUUCAAUUCAUGUUUGCGAUUAUUGGCGUACAACUGUUCAAAGGAACUUUCUUCUCAUGUAAUGAUCUCUCUAAAAUGACGGAAGCUGAGUGCAGAGGUGAAUACAUCCAUUAUGAAGACGGCGAUCCAACGAAACCCGUGUCAAAGAAGCGAGUCUGGUCUAACAACGACUUUAACUUCGAUAAUGUCGGUGAUGCAAUGGUGUCACUAUUCGUCGUCUCCACAUUCGAAGGAUGGCCAGAUUUGCUGUACGUCGCUAUCAACUCGAAUGAGGAAGACCGUGGCCCUGUGUACAACAGCCGUCAAGCCGUCGCUCUGUUCUUCAUCGCUUUCAUCAUUGUCAUUGCUUUCUUCAUGAUGAACAUCUUCGUCGGUUUCGUUAUCGUCACAUUCCAAAAUGAAGGAGAGCGUGAAUAUGAGAAUUGCGAACUGGAUAAGAAUCAGGUAUUUUGUUGUGCUUCUCCUAUAUCUGCACACGGUUUAGCUGACCUUAUUCAAUGA